CCAUAUCAGCUUCUUCUUUGCGCUAUCAUGGAACAAAGCAUAUGCUUCCUCCAUUGAGUUGUUGGAUAGGUAGGUAUCAUAAUUCCCAAGCACGUGCCUUCUAUUCCAUAACGCCAGAAGCUAUCAUCGAUGACUAAGGCAACUAACCAAUGCCCCACAGAGUGAAGGCGGGGCAUCAUGGAGCCCAUUAAACUAAGGCGCGUUUUAACGCGUCUCUUGAUCUUCACGUCCUGACCGUGAGCUCUGCCUAGCCCAACUCAAACAUCACACAACCACAAUCAUGUCUGCUUACUCUGGAUUCACAAAAACAAGCUAUGGCGCCCAAGGAGGUGACGAUUCUGGCGGCUUCUUCGCUGGUGGUUCACAGCAGGGCAGUCAAGGCGGCGCCGGCGGCAAGUCAUACCAAGAUGAGUCCUUGCGCCCUGUCACAAUCAAGCAGAUCCUCGAUGCCGAAGAGGCAUACGCUGGUGCAGACUUCAAAAUCGACGGUUCCCCCGUGACACAGAUCACAUUCGUCGGACAGAUUCGCAAGAUCCAGCCUCAACCUACAAAUAUCACCCUCAACAUCGAUGACGGAACCGGUAUGAUUGAGGUCAAGAAGUGGAUCGAUGUCGACAAGCAGGACGAUGCUGAUCCCGGUUUCGAGCUGGAGUCUCACGUUCGUGUCUGGGGUCGUCUCAAGUCCUUCAACAACAAGCGACACGUCGGAGCUCAUGUUAUCAGACCUGUGGCGGAUUUCAACGAGGUCAACUACCACAUGCUCGAGGCUACAUAUGUUCAUCUCUAUUUCACCAAGGGCCCUCUCGGUGGUCAAGGUGGCUCCAAUGGAGAUGGAGAUAGCAUGUUCGUGGAUGGUGGUGGCUACAAUGACAAUGGAGGCGGCAACGCUGGCCAGGCGCCUACUAAGCUCGCUGGCUGCAGUGGGCUUGCCAAGAAGAUGUUCAACUUUAUGAACGACACACCUGGUGGCAAUGAAGGUGUCCAUCUCAACGUCAUCACCAACUCUACUGGCAUGUCAGUGCGGGAUGCUCUCACCGCUGCUGACGAACUGCUUGGCCAGGGUCUUAUCUACACCACAGUUGAUGACGAGACAUGGGCAAUCCUCGAAUACUAACAUCAGAAUUGAGUUUAUGAGGGGCGGGCUCCGAGAAGGGCAAUUUAUACGGAAUACAAACUACAAAAGCUAGGUGCACGGUGUUUACGGUUACAGGAGGGGCCAGCUUAUGAAGGAAUGACAAUCUUAUAUGGGUUAUUUCUCUCUAAUGAAUGACUCGAGCUAGUUGGCGUACUGCAAAAACAGAAGAGAUAGACAGCUAUUGCGGUAGAGACUGUCGACAUAUGUUGGCAAUACAAAAAGGCCAGCGCCAUACUGCUUCAUAUCAUCAAAACAUACCAAUGUCCAAAAGAAUGACAAGAGUCAACGAACUCGGUGUAAACUAACGCAAAUUCUCGCGCAACCAGAACUCACAUCACAACACAUUUCUUCCAAUCUUGUUGCUCAUGGGUGACGUUCUGGACAUCCUCAACCUCUUCGACUCCAGCCUCUGACCCUGUAUCGACAUUUGGAAGGACCAGAGGCUCGUCUCCCUAGAACUUGACUGCGCUGCUGACGGCAGAAACGAUAACAGAGCUACAAGCGGGGCGAGUCUUCUGAGGCUCGCGAACCAUGAUCCACAUCGUGAUGGGCUCGGGGCCUCCCUCAAAGACGACGUCACAUUUGACCUCGAAACCGAACUUGGCGUAGUAGCCGUUGUUAUGUUCGGUGCUGGACUCAAGAUACAUGGGACGCUGUUCAGCAUCGGCCUGGCUCUUGUUAGUUUUCUCUAGCGAUGGAAGGUGGAACAAGUGCUCAUCAACUGUAGUACCUUGGCGACCAUAUCGCGGAUCAGUUUUCCGGCAUAACCUCUGCCUUGGGCAUUAGGCUUGGUACCGAUGUAGACGAGAUAAUAGCAAUCCUGGUUCCUUUCGCCCAUGACCUCUUCCUUGGUCUGGUCCAGAACAGGGAUCAUCUCAUCGUAGUAUCGUCUCCGUCCUUCAGCUGACAGUUGAUAGUAUAGCUUCCACAUACCACUGCGAAGACUAGUCCACCAGUCAUCCAUCUGCUGACCAGGAGCAAGCCUGAAAGGCUGUUAGAUCAAAUUGCGAUUAUAGUCGUGGUUCACGUACCAAAGAGCUACAGCAUCAUAGUCCGACCCGAUGGUUGUCACCAUUCCUUUGUAGCAGUGCGCUGCAACCAUAUAAGUCAUAUAGUCAACAUGAAGCUUCCACUUUUGUUCAUCCGAAUAAUCUGCCAUGUCGUCGCCGUCGAGUACAUACUGACUCAUGGCAUCCGUUGCAAAGGCCUGGGCCAGCGCACUACCAGCUGCCGCAGACUCGUUCACGUUAACGAAACGAACAGAGGUUUCCCAGGUAGAUGGUAUAAGGGAGCGUCGCCGCCACUUGGCCAAUGUCCCAGAGCCAUGGAUACCACUUUUACUAUUCUUGCUGGUCUCCAUGAUGGCAGUUUAACCGGUACUGGAUUUAUUCGCUGUACCUAAGGGCCCCUUCCUGGUAAUGAAAGGGGCGCCAUUGCGUAUUAAGUAUGAUAAGUUCGUGGCCCAAGCAUCCAGACUCACAUUGUAUAUUUUGACAAUUAUCGCCCGUAUGAACUCGUGACAGUUGAGUUCUGCAAACGGACGUAAACCUCGAGGGAUGGCGGAGACAAUUAAGGCUGGUGCGAACUUCAACCGACAUCAAGGUGGUACUUGAGCGGGCCAGGCUCGCGAUCACGGCUUAGUAGAAGGGGGUUGUAUCGAGCGAAGUUCGCCGACGAAGCGUCCAAGCUUUUCGAGAGUUCACGAGAAUGGAUAGAAGUUUUGUCAAGUGGGAGUGUUCAGAGGUUUCAGGACAGUAGUCAACGACCGUCAACAGUGCAAAGAAAUUGAGUGCAGCAAGCAGCACGUGGUAGCAGCAAUAGCAAGACGCCGAGUUGGCUAUUCUUCAAAGCAGCCUCCUCUGGGAGAGGGCUUAGCAAGAUAUCCUGACUGAGGGUCCUGUUAGUGGCCAGCGGCUGUUGUCUGGUCAAGAUUGAAGUUCAGCAAAGUAAGUGUCUGUGGAAGAGAGAUGAGUGACUGAGUAGACAGAUGAUGAGCAAAGAGGAGCUGAGAGAUAGGAAACGUUCGGGGGAUUAAGUAGGGCGAGUCUUGGUUAGACGCCGUGUGGGCCUCAAGAUGGGCAGCAUAGAUACGGAGCGCCUCUAGGUGGAAAACCAACAUGCCAUUGGCCAGAUGAUGCAUGACAGCUAUUAUCGUGGGGUAUUGACUAGCUUCGGGAUCCAUUCUGAGACAGUGAAUAGCGAGUCUGGAAUCGAGGCGAGAUAGGAUAGCACAGUGUUUGCUGACAGGACGAUCCUAGACCACAUGAUCAGCUGCGACACCGUGGGGGUGACGCUGUCGUUGCAUGGGCAAAGCAGAUUGUGAAGUCCGGGUCCCGAGAUACUCCAAUCAAUUGUGCAGUUAGAGACUAGAUUGGACUCAAUUCGAUGAAUACAGUGGAAUACACGGAAGCACAGAAGUAGGGAGUUCUGUGCAGGAUUCGAGUCAAGGCUCAAGCCACCGGCAGCUGAGUGUGGAGGAGAUCGAAAACCCUUGAUUUGAGAAGCCAAGAAAAACCGUCAUUGGCCCCGAUGUUCCAGUUGGAUGCAGUCGCAGGAGCCCAAACUGAAAGGGUCGUAGUAGGUGUUGUCAAAGAGCAUCAUGCAUGUUGUUUGUUGGUGGAUGGCCACGGCUUGCAACGGCGCCAGGACUCACCAAUCCUUUUAUCAGUACUGUGUCACUUGAUAAGACUCACCACCGGUAUGUCAUGCCGGAUGAUGCGGGGAACCGAAGCAUCAUGAUCCUGGAUCAUUGGCUCGUACAUGGAAGUUCAGUUCAAGAUAACCAUGCC